CCAUUUUCGUCAGUUGGAGUGAUGUCUGCUCAUUCAUGGCUAACUACUGAGAAUAGCAAUUCGCGAUGCCGACGAGAGCCCUCAAGACGCAAGAGAACCCUACACCUUAUAAGUAUCGUAUGUGAGUCAUCAACGAUUAGCGGCUCAUCAAUCUCUUCAGAUCCCCCACUCAAUUUGCGCAAUCUCAUGUCGGAACAAGAAGUCGCUGGUCUCCUCUGGAAUAACUAUGUUUCCGGUUCUGCCAGUGUUUACCCUGAUGUCCUAUGAGUACCUCCUUCUGUUGGACAAGGAGGUUAAAUAUGUCUGGGAACGACCAUGGUCAAUAAUGUCACUCCUGUACCUCGUUGUUCGAUAUUUUGGUCUUUUCCUGGCACUGCUGUGCGGCUCAUGGGGAGGGCUGCUGUAUAUGCCUGAAUCAGUUAGCUAUGGUCUUCUCGUUCUAAUCGAAUGGGGGUUUUCAGUGUAUUUUUGCUUUGCGGAAGCCAUUCUCAUAUGGCGUCUUUACGCACUAUGCAACCAAUCUAAGCUCCUACUUUAUGUUCUAGUGGGAUUGUUUUUGCCCAUUGUCGCCCUCUCCAUCGGGACGGACAUUUAUUUAUACAGUCGAUCUAACGUGUUCUCAGUGAAAGAAAUCAUAACUCCGCAUGCCAAGUACUGCACUCUUUCCUACAACAUAGGGCCUAUGCCUGCGAUCUAUACUUCCAUCCCCAUUGUGUGCUAUGAUGUCUUAUUAGUGAUUCUCGCGGUUGCCAUCCUCGUGAAGCACCUUAAGGAACGGAGGGAUUUCCGAAUGAGGGCUAAUACCUAUAUGGUUAUGAUCGUCCGGUAUCAUAUCAUGUACUUUGCCCUAAAUUUGACGAACCAAAUUUUACUGGUUAUACUAUGGGCUCAUAUUCCGACCUCGGCGAUGAGUCUCUCGGAGCUUUUCAACGACACUGCGCCAUUCAUUCUCGCUCCCCGUCUCAUCAUCAGUAUUUGGGAUACACAUGCCCAGGAUGAUUGCGUAGAAGUCAGUAAGCUGUUCGAGGAUUGUACAUGUUGGACUUCUCCUUCGAGGUCCGAACGGCACGAGAUGGACUCCGUUGUCGUAUAAUUCUGGCAUGCUGAUUCCUCAGUAUGAAAAAAAGUGAUCGGGGUUGGAUGAGGCAUAUUUAUGAAUGAAUAACUUACAGUUGUGUAGCGCCUGAUAGCCUAGUAAUUAUGUACGUAUCAUAUUCCUUCCGGUGCAAUAAGCACCCCGCAGAAGUCGACGCUUUCAUAAAACUUGUAUUUCUAGCUACUUAAAUACAAAAUUCUUCAUAUAUAUAGCAUUCUCUCA